AUGGCAGACCUGCCCAGUGCACGAGUUACGGAUUCAGCCGCAUUCUCACAUGCGGGUGUAGAUUGUUUCGGACCCUUAUUCAUCAAAGAACGAAAAUUCAGAAAUCGAACCAAGAUCAAGGUAUACGGGUGCGUAUUCGUUUGCAUGGCGACAAAGGCCGUACAUCUCGAAAUCGUAAGCGAUCUGACCACCGACGGGUUCCUGGGUGCCUUCGGAAGGUUCAUUGGACGUCGAGGUGUCCCGUUUCAUGUUUAUUCGGACAACGGUACCAAUUUUGUGGGCGCGAAUAACCAACUACGAGAACUUUACUCCUUAUUCACCUCCCAAUCGCAUCAUAACCAAGUAAACGAGUAUGCUGUGAGGAAAAACAUUACUUGGCACUUCAACCCUCCACUUUCUCCUCACUUUGGGGGCAUUUGGGAAGCGGCUGUGAAGUCAUUUAAGCAUCACUUCAAACGAGUGCUGAAAGAACAACUUCUUACCUUUGAGGAAUUAAAUUCCUUAGCCAUACAAAUUGAAUCCGUACUUAAUUCUCGACCUCUGUGCUCAUUAUCUAGUGACCCUAACGAUCCUAUUGCACUGACACCUGCCCAUAUCUUAAUAGGGCGUCCUCUCACCAUGCUACCUGAAGAUGAUUUUUCUGAUGUCCCAGAUAACCGACUCAGCGUGUGGCAAUUCAUAACCAAGGCCAGACAGGACUUUUGGAAGCGCUGGUACUUGGAGUAUCUCCACGAGCUCCAAACCCGCCAGAAAUGGCAUUCUUCCCAGGGUGAACUCACAACCAACCAGAUAGUACUACUCAUGGACAAAAACCAACCAUGUAUGCGGUGGCAAUUGGGGCUGGUGGUCGAAAUCCAUCCAGGGGAUGAUGGAGUGGCACGAGUCGCCACUGUCAGAACAGCACAAGGGUUGUUCAAACGAAACGUCACUUUGUUGUGUCCUUUACCAAUUAAUUCUUGA